CAGCUUCCGACAGUAACUCAAAGUUGUCGCUAGCAGGGGAAGCCGGAGCGACCUAAUGAGAGAGGGGGGGCAGCAGCACUGCUGCCUCUAGCAGGCAUUGUGAGUGUCGGAGCAUCAGCAGGACAUGUUCACCCAGGCGGUUAGCAGGCUGGGCAGGAAAAUACCCCCAUCAGCUGUGAAUCAAAAGACCACUCACAAUGGAUAAUAAAACCAAUUUAGUACCAUCCAUUACUGACCUAGAGGGAUUUCUCACAGAACAUGACUCCAAUGUUGUUUGGCUUCUCGUUGCUACCAUUUUGUCUUGUGGAUGGAUUAUUUAUCUAACGUAUUAUAAUUCCCGAAAUAUUGGACUCAUAUUAACGCUGGUACUGAACAGACUGUACAAAAAUGGAUAUAUACACAUUGGCUCCUUUUCCUUCUCUGUCCUUUCUGGAAAAAUCAUGCUGCGUGAAAUCUAUUAUAUCUCAGAAGAUAUGUCUAUCAGAAUACAAGAUGGAUUCAUUAUAUUUCGUUGGUGGAAAAUGUACAACCCUAAACAAAAACAGCAUGAUCCCAAAGCAGAAACUAGGUUAUACAUUACUGUAAAUGAUUUUGAGUUCCAUGUGUACAAUCGCUCUGAUAUCUAUGGCCACCUUCAAGAAGUGUUUGGAUUGGAUCAAACAAUAUUCCCACCCAAGAAAGAAGAUGAAAAGGUCCAAGAAAGUGAAAAAGAGAAGUCACAGUCUGAACUUGAAAGUGUCAAAUUCAAAACAGAAUCUCCAGAUCCAUCCUCAUCUUGGAGGUCACUCAUACCAGUUAUUAAAGUCAAUAUAAGCACAGGACGUUUGGCUUUCGGAAAUCAUUAUCAACCCCAAACGUUGUGUGUGAAUUUUGAUGAUGCAUUCCUCACCUAUACUACAAAGCCUCCAUCAAGUCAUCUAGACCAGUUUAUGCACAUACUGAAGGGAAAACUAGAAAAUGUUCGAGUCAUGCUGGUCCCCAGUCCAAGAUAUGUUGGCCUGCAAAAUGAUGAGCCACCUAGGCUCAUGGGAGAAGGAUUUGUAGUCAUGCAGUCUAAUGAUGUUGACAUCUACUACUACAUGGAUGAGCCAGGGCUUGUUCCAGAAGAGUCUGGAGAAAAUGUAGAGGAAGAAGCCAACACAGAAGAUGCAAAGUUGCAAGACCUACCUCCAUGUUGGGGACUGGACAUUGUUUGUGGGAAAGGCACGGAUUUCAACUAUGGCCCCUGGGCAGAUAGACAGAGAGAGUGCCUGUGGAAGUUCUUCUUCCCACCUGACUACCAAGUCAUGAAAGUUUCAGAGGUUGCCCAGCCAGGAAAACUGCGCCAAAUACAGGCUUUCGAAUUAAGAAUGAACAUCAUUGCAAAUGCUACAAUAGACCUUCUAUUUACUAAAAACAGGGAAACGAAUGCUGUUCAUGUGAAUGUUUGGGCAGGAUCCUAUCUGGAGGUGAAUAUCCCCAUGACUGUGUCUGAAAAUGGUUAUUCCCCGACAAUUAAAGGCCAGCUGCUACAUGUUGAUACAACCACCAGCAUGCAGUACAGGACACUUCUAGAAGCAGAGAUGUUAGCAUUCCAUAUAAAUGCCAGCUAUCCUAGGGUAUGGAACAUGCCACAGACAUGGCAAUGUGAACUUGAAGUUUAUAAGGCAACUUAUCAUUUUAUAUUUGCUCAGAAAAACUUCUUCACAGAUCUGAUUCAAGACUGGUCCAGUGACAGUGCACCAGAUCUGUUUUCCUUUGUCCCAUAUACCUGGAAUUUGAAGAUUAUGUUUCAUCAGUUUGAAAUGAUCUGGGCAGCAAACCAGCACAACUGGAUAGAUUGUUCUACUAAGCAGCAAGAAAACAUAUAUCUUGCUGCCUGCGGAGAAACAUUAAACAUUGAUUUUGCACUUCCAUUUACGGAUUUUGUACCAACUACAUGCAGUACAAGAUUUUCACUUAGAGGAGGAGAUGUUGACCUUCACUUAUUUCUCCCAGAUUGCCAUCCGAGUAAAUAUUCACUCUUAACCUUAUUGAAAGACUUUCACCCAAACAAGAUCAGCCCUGAUACUUGCAAUACAGCUGAAAACCAAAGUGCCCAAAAAACCUGCAAGCCAAAAUGGAGAAAUGUAACACAAGCUGGGACUGGCUGGGUGGAGUGCUGGACAGUUCCAUCUAUGUUGCUAAACAUUGAUUAUACAUGGCACCCUAUCUAUCCUCAGAAAGCAGAUGAACAACUAAAGCAGUCACUGUCAGAAAUAGAGGAAUCUAUGCUAUCUAUGCUAAGACCAUCUCGGAGAACAUCAGAAAGAGCAAUCUCUUCUCCUACAACUUACAGCAGAACUGCAGUGGAUCCUUCUGAGCUGCCACCAGAUAAACUGCAUGUGGAGUUAGAGCUUUCACCUGAUUCACAAAUUAUUUUCUACGGGCCAUUACUGAUGGCAUUCUUAGCUAUAAAGGUAACAAAUAUUUACCAUAAUUUGUUUUUGAUAAUGUUUGCUAAUGAGCAAUUUUAAUAUAUUUUUGUGAAACAGAUCAUCUUUAACGUUUCUCUGUGGGCUCCAGUAACUGCUCGUUACCAAUCUGUCCAUAUUUAAUUGCAUAGCAAAUUUUUUUUCCAAUAAAUAAAAUAAUAUCUACAUCCA